AUGCUGCUCAGUCUGAGCAGAAUACCUUUGCCCCGUAUCGGCUCGUUUAUCAUCGACAGAGAAGGCUUCUUGACCUUAAGCAAUCGCCCCCUUUCAAUGGAGCUUCAAGAACUGGAGAAUGAAGAGAUUCCGACCGGUAUAUCCCGUGAUUAUACCUACUCGAGUGUCGAGUCCUACGUGGCGGACAUCUUGGCAGUCCACGAUAGUCGCCUAAAGAGCCAACCUAAUGCGGUGAAUAAUUUGCAGGACUGCGGCUAUCAGAUGUCAGCACUAGCAGCAAUGCGGACAAUACUUCAAUUGUUCUUAUGUCGGAACCUGCGCCGUGGCCCCUUCGCUUUUAUGCUGACUGAUCUCCACCAAAGCAACAUCUUUGUUGAUGAAAAGUGGCAUAUCACAAGCCUAGUCGAUCUCGAAUGGGCUUGUUCACGUCCUGUGCAAAUGAUCGAGCCUCCUUACUGGUUAACUAACCAAGGCGUUGACGAGAUUGAUGUCGAGAAGUUUGACAAGCUUCGACAGGACUUGAUGGCUAUUAUGUGUGCCGAAGAAGCAGAACACUAUAUAGAAGACAUCUUGAGGGACGCAGAGGGAACGCCGCUACAAACAUCCGAAAUCAUGGAGCAGUCUUGGAAGACAGGCACCUUCUGGUACUCACUGGCACUGUCCAGUCCGACCGGUCUAUUCAGGCUGUUCUACGAGCGUAUUCAGCCGCUUUUGUCCAAUCAUGGCUCAGAUGACAUUGGUGAAAUCAUGCCUUUUUACUGGGACAAAAACGUGGGAAAGUUUGUAGCCACUAAACUCUCUGAUAAGAGGAAGUAUGAUCAAGAGCUUCAGUUAGCCUUCACAGCAAGUAACGUUGAAGGCUAA